UGCGUUGCACUACUUGCAUGUAGCCGACGUAGACAAAAUACAAAAAGAAUUUAUUUGAGAUUUAAAUUGUUAUUUACCAAAACUGAAAAUCGAAUAAGCUAGUAAACGCUGCUACCGCCACCAUACACUAAAACUACGAACGCUCCAUCGAUCAACUCAGUCUGAGUACGUAUAAAUAAGCGCGUUUCUAAAGCAGGUUUUGCAUUUGUAGCAAAACAGUGCAAGCGCACGUGCAAUAGGAAGCCAUUCAAAACGACAUCGACCAAUAAUAAACAAAGCAAGCCAGCAUGUCCCAACAACCUGUUGCAUUUCUAACAAGACGCGAAACCUUUAGCGCUUGCCAUCGCCUGCACAGUCCUCAAUUGAGCGAUGCUGAAAAUUUGGAAAUCUUUGGCAAAUGCAACAAUUUUCAUGGACACGGACACAACUAUACAGUGGAACUAACUGUGCGUGGUCCCAUCGAUCAGCGAACCGGCAUGGUGCUUAAUAUAACAGAAUUGAAGGAUGCUAUUGAGACGGUGAUUAUGAAACGUUUGGAUCACAAGAAUCUCGACAAGGAUGUCGAAUACUUUGCCAAAAUUCCCAGCACCACGGAGAACUUGGCUGUCUAUAUCUGGGACAAUAUACGCACACAUCUCAAGAAGCCGGAGCUACUGUAUGAAGUGAAAAUUUUCGAAACGCCAAAGAAUAUAAUUACCUAUCGUGGGCCAUACCAAUUGAAUGGACUUUAUAGUGCAAUAAAUAAGCGUACGGCACACGAUUCGUGCACCAAUAUCUCAUCGGAUUCAGAUUAACUGAGGGAAUACUUUCGAAUUUCUAUUUCGUUUAUCUUUCUUUCGACCAAUGCUCAGUGCAGCACAAAACU